CUGGAGGCUGGAGCUGACAUGUCCGGUGGUCUCGCAGGCCUGCUGAGCCCCUCGGCGUGCUCUGGGGCGGAGACCCAUUGGAGUCAGAGGGCUCCAGAGAAGAUGGGCCAUUGUGCACACAGAGGUUGCCCAGCCAGGGAGCCCUGGCGCCGCCUGGACCCUGGGCUGCUGCAGUGGCUGCUGGAGGAGAAAGAGCGGGCGCUGGCAGUCCUCCAGGAGACGGUCAAGGUUCUGCAGAUGAAGGUGGCCAGGCUGGAGCACCUGGUGAAACUGAAGGACCAGCGGGUCGGAGCGCUCACGCAACAGGGGGACCAGCCCCCUGGCAGGGGUACCCCGGGGCCAGAAGGGCCCCUUCCCCUGUCCACCAGACUCCAACCUCGAGCCCACUUGGAACUCCCCUAGACUGGGUGUUUCUGGGUGUGGCCACACA